CCCUCAAAACCCUCGCAAUGGUGGAAAUCUGAUUUCCAGAGAGAAGGUUCGUGCUCGCUGGAAAUGGCGCUUUCCUCGGUGCUCCGCCUCACCACGCCCUCCCUCAUGCGCUGCCGUGUUUUCCUCCCAUUGCUACCCGUACAUCGUACUGUCUUCUUCCGCACUGGCUCCGAUCUCCGGUUUUUAUCCGCCGGUGCCCGGAGGUCCGUUCGGCCUACGAGGGCGAAACGGAGGGAGAGGGAUGAAGCUGUCGGUGCGGCGGCUGCGGAGCAGAAAGGGGAUGAUGGUAAUGGGGGUUUGAUGGUGAAGGAGAAGGAUGGCGGAGGAGAUGGGAGGGUUGUUCCCACAGAGCUUCAUAAGGAAGCUACGGAGGCAUACAUGGCUUAUGCUAUGUCAGUGCUUCUUGGCCGAGCGCUUCCUGAUGUUCGGGAUGGGUUGAAGCCCGUUCAUAGAAGGAUAUUGUUUGCGAUGCAUGAACUGGGGCUCUCAUCUAGGAAACCAUUCAAGAAAUGUGCCAGAGUUGUUGGAGAGGUGUUGGGUAAAUAUCAUCCACAUGGGGAUACAGCAGUUUAUGAAUCUUUAGUGAGAAUGGCUCAGGAUUUCUCCUUGCGUUCUCCGCUAAUUCGAGGCCAUGGAAAUUUUGGAUCAAUUGAUGCUGAUCCUCCCGCUGCAAUGCGAUACACUGAAUGCAGAUUGGAAGUAAGCACUCACUGAGCCAUGCUCUUAACUGAUUUAGAACUGGAUACGGUUGACUUUGUACCAAAUUUUGACAACUCUCAAAAGGAACCAUCUCUUUUACCUGCACGUAUUCCGACAUUAUUGUUGAAUGGUUCUUCAGGCAUCGCGGUUGGCAUGGCAACCAACAUUCCUCCUCACAAUCUAGAGGAGCUAGUGGAUGCAUUAUCAGUGUUGAUCCAUAACCCUGAAGCUACACUUCAAGAGCUGUUGGAAUACACGGGACCAGACUUCCCAACCGGUGGAUUAAUCAUAGAAUGUGGGGGUAUCUUAGAAGCAUAUAGAGCGGGACGUGGCCGCAUAAUAGUUAGAGGGAAGACUGAUGUGGAAGAACUUGAUGAAAAAAUCAAGCGCACAGCCAUUAUCAUUAAGGAGGUUCCUUACCAGACAAAUAAAUCUGCUCUUGUGGAAAAGAUUGCGGAACUUGUUGAAGAUAAGGUGCUUGAAGGCAUUAGUGAUAUUCGGGAUGAGAGUGAUCGUUCAGGAAUGCGGAUAGUAAUUGAGCUAAAAAGAGCGGCAGAUCCAUCUAUUGUCCUCAACAAUCUAUUUCGCCUUACUGCGCUUCAGUCUAGUUUCAGCUGCAACAUGGUGGGCAUUCUCAAUGGACAGCCAAAGUUAAUGGGGUUAAAAGAAUUGCUUCAGGCCUUCCUUGACUUCAGAUGUUCUGUUAUUGAAAGACGUGCUAGGUUUAAGCUGUCUCAAGCACAGGAAAGGAAACAUAUUGUGGAGGGAAUUAUUGUGGGCCUUGAUAAUUUGGAUGCCAUCAUCAAUUUAAUUAAGAAAACCUCAAGCAAUGCUUCUGCCGUGGCUAGUUUGGUAAACGAAUACAAUUUAUCUGAGAAGCAAGCUGAAGCCUUAUUGGACAUUACACUUAGAAAACUUACUUCCUUUGAGAGGAAGAGGUUUGUUGAUGAACAUAAUUCCUUAAUGGAACAAAUUUCAAAGCUAAAUGAGCUUUUGUCAAGUAAAAAACUCAUUUUUGAGCUAAUAGAACAAGAAGCAAUUGAGCUAAAGAAUAAAUUUGGAACUCCAAGACGUUCAGUAUUGGAGGAUUCAAAUGAAGGUCAUCUUGAUGAUAUUGAUGUAAUUCCAAAUGAAGAAAUGCUUCUUGCAUUUAGUGAAAAGGGCUAUGUGAAGAGAAUGAAACCAAACACUUUUAACUUACAACAUCGUGGUACAAUUGGAAAAUCUGUUGGAAAGAUGCGAGUAAAUGAUCUGAUGACCGACUUUCUUGUCUGUCAUGCACAUGAUCAUAUCCUGUAUUUCAGUGAUAGAGGAAUUGUGUACUCAGCUCGGGCUUAUAGGAUACCUGAAUGCACUCGGACUGCAGCUGGCACUCCAUUAGUCCAGUUCUUGUCACUGUCUGAUGGUGAAAGGAUAACCUCUGUGAUUCCUGUUAGUGAAUUUGCUGGUGAUCAGUACCUGCUCAUGCUGACUGUGAAUGGUUUUAUCAAGAAAGUUCCUUUAAACGUUUUCUCUGCAAUUAGAACAACAGGAAUUAUCGCAAUACAGCUGGUUCCUGGUGAUGAGCUAAGAUGGGUCCGCCGUUGUGCUGAUGAUGACCUUGUUGCAAUAGCUUCGCAGAAUGGAAUGGUUAUUGUAAAUUCUUGUAACAUGAAGUCCUUCCGAAUUUGGAUGGCUAUGGGAUAUACAAUAAAUGAAGGAUAUCUGGAGGAAAAUAAGAACUUCAAGAGAUCACCUGCAAUGAGAUAG